UUAGAAGUAAAGUAGUACUACAACUCUGAGUAUCACAGCAUGGAUCACCUGAAGUUUCACUUCUGAUUGUUGAGCAUCUCACAAAAGUUGGUAUUUGCAGGUUUUGGGUCUAACAUUCAAAACAAUCACCUUGUGAAAUAGGAAGUCAGAGCGCUCUGCUCGCCGUGGAGGAAGACGCAGAGUCGGAUCAGAGCAGCUCCGGCUUUCAGACUCGUUGGUGAUCAUGGAUCUGCUUUGGAUGAUCCUCCCGGUGUUUCUGCUGUGCGCCGAGGCCGAGAACCUGACUGAGGUCAAAGGGCAGCUGGGGCACAGCGUCACCUUAAACUGCUCUUGGAACGCUUCAAAUGUUUACUGGUACAUGGAGAUGCACAGCCAGGUCAGAGUGCCCGUCGCCCGCUCUUUCGGUAAGGAUGCCGAAAAUAGCCAGUACUGCUUUGAAAACACUUUGAAAACUAAAUAUCAAGCCUUGGAAAACAGACUUGUGAUAACAAACAUCACAUCAGAGGACCACAGACUUUACAUCUGUGCCGUGAACAUACGAGGCAAUAUAUCUUUUAAAGACGCCUUCCGCCUGGUCUCAGAUGUUCCUACUGUCACUCCGUCCACCAACGACUCUGAAGCAAACAACCACCAGCAGCUCGUCGUGUUCAGCUUGUUCGCCCUGAACGUCCUCUUCAUCGUGGUAAUAAUAGGUUUGGUUUUUGCGUCUCCGUGUUUGAAGAGGAAGAACUGCAACUGCCAGGUGAACGAGGCUUCACCCUUCACCUGUGAGAACCCAGAGACCCUGAAGACACCACAGCGCCAGUGUCAGUACUGUUUACUGUACUUUGUACUGUUCUCAGUACUCCUGCUGUGUGUACGAGGAGAUCCAGCUCCCCACCUUCAGAGCCCCCCCGUCUGCUGCCUCUUCUCCAGAGCUGCCUCGACACCGACUGGGACACCUGGACGGUUUCUGAGCACCUGGACGGUACCUGGACUCUCCGCUCACCUGCAGUAUUUAUAUUUGACAUGUAGACAGUUGGAAAAAUUAGUCCAGAUGCUUCAACUGGAUGGAUGAAAAAAUAUUCUGUCCUAAAGAUUUUGAACUUGUUUCCCAAAACAAAGAUGGCAGCCUGCCGGCUACCUAAGCAGGAAACACAGUCGUAACUUGGGAAACUUUAAACACAUCUAUUAUAAUUCGGAUGACUCAUGAUUCAAACAAAUCUCUGAUAAAACAUGGCAGGCACAAAUUAGGCAAGGCAAGUUUAUUUGUACAGCACAUUUCAACAACAAGGUAAUUCAAAGUGCUUUACAUAAAACAUAAAAGCAACAGGGAAAUAUAAAAAAGUUUAAAAGCAACAUAGGGAAAUUGAAA